AUGAAAACGAUUUUGAUUAUUUCUGCUAUUUGCAUUUGCGUUGGCGCAUUGUCGAUCAAAGAUUUUCAAAAUGCGAUACGUAUGGGACAAUCAAUUUGCAUGGCAAAAACUGGCAUUAAUAAACAAAUAAUAAAUGAUGUUAAUGAUGGCAAAAUCAAUAUAGAGGACGAAAAUGUUCAAUUAUACAUUGAAUGUGCGAUGAAAAAAUUCAGUUUCGUUGACAAGGAUGGAAAUUUCAACGAACACGUAUCCAGAGAAAUAGCAAAAAUAUUUUUAAACGAAAAUGAAAUUAAUCAAUUAAUCACCGAAUGUUCAGCUAUCUCUGAUACCAAUGUACAUUUAAAAAUUACUAAGAUAUUUCAGUGUAUUACGAAAUUUAAAACAAUAAAUGAUAUAUUAAAUUCCUAAAUGUUCAAUUAUCAAGAAGAAGAGACUAUUCAGAAUACGACGACAUAUUUACAUUUUUAUUUUUGUAAUUGAUUAUUCUAUUUACUUUAAUUAAUUAAAAUAUAUUUGAAAAUUUUAUAUAAAUAAAUUGUUAUAUAUGAUUA